ACGCAAGUGUCAGGGGUUACUUCCAUCCAAUGGGGAGGAGGGUCAGUCGUUAUCUUAGGGGGCUUGUGGUGCGGGGAGAUACUGGGUUGAGAGUUAGGCCUGGUGGGGUUGCUGGGAGGGCCGAGCGGCCUGCUGCUCAGUGAAGGGCUGAGCCUUGUGCCAGUAAUGUUAAAAGCUGAGAAGUUUUAACUUGUUUAGUGUAUGUCGAGGGCUGUCUACCCUUCAGAUCCACAAAAUGGAAGGGGAAGGAAGGCCGCCAGAGAGGCCUUCUCACACUUUUUUUAAUGUCUGCUUGAGAACGAGAAGGCCCCUUGCAGAGCUGGUUUGCCUUCUUUUGUGUCCUGGUUUGAUUCCUUAUGGCUUCCGUUCUGUUCCCCCUCUCAGCCUGGCCUGUUUUAGGAAAUUCGGGCUCAGAGUAUCAUUUGCGUGGUGGUAGUUGCAUUGUUCCAAUUACCGCUGUGUGUGGCCACAUCCCAACAAUUAAAAUGCAGAAAAAUAGAAAAUCACUCUCUUCAGCUGCUUCUAGAGAGGGCUGGGAGUUUGCUGCUUGUCCAAAUGCCUCAUGAAAAGCUUCAAAGGUUUCUCACUCCCUGCUCCUUGUCUGGUCAGCCUGGGGUCUCUAGGGUAAAAGUCUCCACUUAGGUUGCCUUGUUGAUUUUUGAGGGCAGAGCUAAGAAAAUAGGAGCAGAAGUUAUUCCGGCUUUAGCGUCUCCUACCAGAACACAGGGGAAGCAGCUGAAGGCAGUUCGCAGGAAGCUGGAACUUUGUUCAGAGUGGUAGUACUAAUUAUGCGUGGAAAUGAUAGUUAACUAGAGCGGCGAUUGACUUCUGCACCUCUCUUCCAAAGAACUCUGAAUACAUCCUAGGGUGCUUUGCUUGCUUUGUUGCCUUUAUCUGAGGUGAUACCCUCUUUUUUUUUGUUGGGGUGGUGUCCCACCCCCACGCCCACCCCCAGCAAGGCCAAAGGAGGAAGAGCCCGACCCCUUAGGCUCUUCCCUGGUGAACAAGUGAGGGAGGAUGGCGUCCAGCCAGAGAUAGACCCUAUAGCUUUCUUCAUCUUAAUGGUAGCACCACUUCGGGCACGCCAAGGCUUUUGAGGAGCAGCAAACAGGAGCGAUAAGAAACAAGCCUAUGUGAACUUGUACCUUUUCUAGGCCAGUUGUUAAGGUAUUGUACAGUUCGGUAUUUCAUGUAGCCGCGUUCCUGUGCUAGAAUAAGAUUGUUAUACCCAUCUUGGGUGUGGGUAAGCGGGGAUGUUAUGUGGUCAGCGGAAACUGAGCAAAUUGAAUUAAGACUUGGUGGUGGCGGCGGCAGCCUUUUCUCUUGGUGUUUUAGACAGGUUUGUAGCCCAGGCUUGCCUUGAUGAGCUCUCAUGUUCCUGCUUUCAACCUCCCAACUGCUGGAAUCCCAGACUCAGCAGGCAUGACUGGAGAGGGAAGUCCCAAUGGUGCUAGAAUGGUGCUGCAGUGGCAGAAGUCGGCUCACGAGUGAGACCUGGAAGAAAGACAGAAGACAUCCAUCACUUGCUCCAAAGUGUGCAAGUCAAAUCCUGGACAAAACAUGAUAACCCUGAUCACUGAGCAGCUACAGAAGCAGACCCUGGAUGAGCUGAAAUGCACGCGCUUCAGCAUCAGUCUGCCUUUGCCUGAUCAUGCAGACAUAUCCAACUGUGGGAACCCUUUCCAGCUUGUGUCUGAAGGUGCUUCCUGGAGGGGCCUGCCCCACUGUUCCUGUGCUGAAUUCCAGGACAGCCUCAACUUCAGCUACCAUCCCUCAGGCCUAAGCCUGCACCUCAGACCACCCAGUCGGGAGAGCUCCCCCCAGGAGCAGCCCCUCUCCCAAGUACUAAGCCCCGAACCCCCAGACCCAGAGAAGCUUCCUGUGCCCCCUGCUCCUCCAUCCAAGAGGCACUGCCGCUCACUCUCGGUGCCUGUGGACCUGUCUCGCUGGCAGCCAGUGUGGCGGCCCGCCCCCUCCAAGCUGUGGACUCCCAUCAAGCACCGGGGCAGUGCUGGAGGGGGUGGGCCGCAGGUGCCUCACCAGAGUCCCCCAAAGCGGGUCUCCAGCCUCAGGUUCCUCCAAGCUCCCAGUGCCUCUUCUCAAUGUGCCCCAGCCCACAGACCCUACAGCCCUCCUUUCUUCAGCCUGGCCCUGGCCCAAGAUUCCUCUCAACCCUGUGCCACCUCCCCUCAGAAUGGUUCUUGGGAGAGUGAUGCUGAGUCCCUGUCACCUUGCCCACCCCAGCGCCGCUUCUCCCUGUCACCCAGCCUGGGCCCACAGGCAAGCCGCUUCCUGCCCUCUGCCCGGAGCUCCCCUGCAUCUUCCCCAGAGCUGCCCUGGAGACCUCGAGGUCCCCGCAACCUUCCCCGAAGCCGCUCACAGCCUUGUGACCUGGAUGCCCGCAAAACUGGGAUCAAGCGGCGUCACGAGGAGGACUCCCGGCGCCUGAGGCCUUCUUUGGACUUUGACAAGAUGAAUCAGGUGGGACUGAAACCAUACUCAGGAGGUCUCUGUCUCCAAGAAACAGCUCCAGAAGGCAGCAGCAUCUCUCCACCAUGGUUCAUGGCCUGUAGCCCCCCACCUCUCUCUGCUUCCUGCAGUCCUGUUGAGGGUUCAUCCCAUGUGCUGAGUGAAAGUGAAGAGGAAGAAGAGGGGGCUGUGCGGUGGGGACGGCAGGAACUAAACAAGCGGACUCUGUGCCAGCAGGACUUUGGGGACCUGGACCUGAAUCUGAUUGAGGAAAACUAAACCUGAGAGACUGCUUCCUGGGGCCACACAGACUGACUGUCUAAUGGCUACUAACACGUGUGGAGGCUCCAAGGCUGAGGGCCCAGCCUGGGAAAGGGGGUGAGUGGAGGGCUCCGACUCAGGGCAGCCCAAGUCUUCUCGCUCCAGCAAGCUCGACCAUGCCAAGAGACUGGCCGGGACAAGAUAAACGGAGCUGGUGGCGGGAGGGACAGCCCCAGAGCAGACCCUCCCCAUGGCGGCCCUGAGUGUGAGUAUCCCUGCCACUGAGAGAGCAAUGGGCAGGGAAGGAAGGGGUCUGCCGACCCCAGCUCGGGGAAUUUCACUAGCCCCUUUGCUUCAAAGGGCACUUGUGUCUUAGAAUUUGGCCAGGGUGGGGGCAUUCAGUCAGCCUCCUUGGAGAAAUUGUGUGAGUGUGUGUGUGUGCUUGGGCGUAUACUUGAGGAAAGGUGUGUUUGUGUAGCCUUAGGGAAGGAAGGCAGUUGCUCCUUUAACAGCAGAGCAUCAGGAUGCCCCCAGAAUCUUGAGGGUUUUUUUUUUUUUCCUCUUUUUAAAUAUGAUGUUGGGCUUGUUCAAGGUGUCUAGAGAAGAGGGGGCUCUUUUUUUUUAAUUUUUUUUUAAAUUUUUUUGGUCUUAACUCUGGAGCCAGGCUUUUAACUUCAUAGCAUUACUUGCUCUGCAGAUGGCUCUGUUUUGGAAUCUAAGAACGGUGACCUCAGCUAAUGGUCUUUUCCUCAGUCCCACCCUCACCCACUAGAUAAAUCUCGUAUCAAGGCGAGGGCUUGUAGAAAAGUCACGUUCAUUGUGUUCAUCGAUUACCUAAGCUGCACACAGUCUGCCUCUCUUGUUCUCUGAGUAGGUACACACAUGGGCAGCUGAGGCAGAGUGGAGGGGUUUUCUCUCUUCUUCACCAAGGGAACCCUUUCAUGCUCUGAUAUUUCAAGUCAGAGACAAAGUUGAUCCCCAGAAUAUGUUGAGGCAGACCUGUAGCAGGAGCAGUGACAUUUAGUAUCCAGAAGUCCUUGAGCCCACCCCAGCACUACCUUUUGGAAGCUGGCUGUAGGGAAACUUAUUCUUGCAAGAUGUAGGUCCAGUCUUUCUGAUCUGCGAGACAGAGGAAGGGCGUUCAGCAUUUCAUAGUUUGCUUGUCUUCCACUCUUGCCAGGAAAUGUUUAUUUGCCUCUAAUUGGCCCUGAGAGACCACAGAGAGGCUGGGGCUCACUGAGGGAUUGGCUGGGGAUGUGUAAAGCAAAGACUAUGAGAAGCAGCUGGGAGUUUGUUGUUGUUGGAUUGAAUUUCCUUUUUUGUUUCUUACCCACAACUUCAGCCAGUGCAGCAGAUCCCAAUGACUACAGUAAUGGACUUAAAGAUUGUAGGUACCUUGGUAGGAUUGGCACCAGUGGGCAUGUGUAUAGAAGCUGCCACUAUUGCAAUCUGCGAGCCUUUGUUUAGAACACCCUGCAUAACGAAAUUGAACCUGCCCUUCCCAUUUAUUAUAGUAAGGGCAUUUUUCUGUUCAAUUUCCAGGGUGUCUUCAAGGGAGGUAGCUAUGUCUUCUUGAGCCUGUGGCCCUCAGAGGUUCUACUUUUCCAGGGCUCCUCCCUAUCUCCUGGCUAGUUACCACAUAGUACCACUGGGCUACCAGUCUCUAGGGCCUAAGAGAAACUCUCUUGAGAAUCCAGGGAAACAGCCCAGGGGUUACCUAUCCUUGGUUUUAUCCUUCCCUGGUUCUCCCUCUCUGGUCCAUAAUUUCCCUGGUGCCAGCUUCUUUUCCACCUCGGGCAUCCUCAUCCCUGGGGUCUCUGCUGCAGAUGGCAGUGUCAGCUUCCAAUAGGUCACUGGCAAUGCCAAUGGGGUCUCUGCAAGACCCUAAGUUUAAGUGAAGGCAGUGGUUCUGCCUUCGUUCUGGCUUUCCCAGAGCCCUUAGGUCACCACCCUUAGGGAAAGGAGGCCUACAGUUGUCAUAGUUUAAUUCCAUUCCUUUAAGUCUGGAAUGUUAAACUAAGCAGAACUAUCAUCUUGCUUCCCUUUUUAAAUGCCUCUGGCCCUGGAACAAGCCUUUUCAAGACGUGAAUCAUUUUGCUUUACACAAUAGAUCUGUCCCGACAGUUCUGUGUAAACCAAAUGCUAUUUUUUGAUGCAUUUGGACUGCUGGUCAUUUAAAAGCAGCCUAUGAUUGCUUCUUUUGUAAAGCGAGCAACCUCCCUCUACUUUAGCUGGUUUCGUUAUCUGGGUUUUCACAUUUGGGCUUUCCCAGAGUGGAGCACACCUCCGGGGCUUGUGGCUGAUGCUGUGUAGACGUCUGCAUCUGUGCUGCGUGUGUGGUGUGGCUGGCCAGUAGGUGAGUAUUAUUGCGUGUGUGAGUGAAGCCACUCCCAGGCUGAUGCUCUCCUCCUGUGCCCGGUGACUGCCCAGUGGCAGCCCUAGCUGCCCUUCAUUCCCACCUGCUGCCAAAGUCCCUGUGCUAAUGGGAUUACAGAAACAAAAAGUGGAAAAAAAAAUUUCGUAAACUUUGUUUUAUAUUAAAAAUUCCAUAAGUCUGUGUGUGUUAAAACAUGAGGUUCUGCCUCUGUGGCUGUGUUUGAAAAAAUAAAGUUUUAUUAGAAUAAUCCAUUUUCCCAAGCAA